AUGGCGGCCCCCAGUAACGCCGAACGUUCUCCUGAUCUGUCAGUGCCGCUGAAGAUUCCCAAAACCGAGGUUCCUUCCCCAGAAUCCGAGGAUCUGAGUGACAGCAACCAAUACCAUUCCAACCCCUCCACCCCUAAUAGAUUCUCUCCUCUGAACGUCGGGGUUUCGCUACGCCAGGAAGUGAUGGAGAACGUGAUGCGUAUCCUGGAGUCAGUGGAGGUCAAAUGGGAGCACUUCCAGACAUGGACUGACUUCUCCCGCCUCCACCUGUCCAAUAAGCUGGCCAUCUUCGGAGUGGGCUACAACACGCGCUGGAGAGAGGAGAUUCACUACCACUAUGCAGAAAUCAGCUCACAGGUCCCUCUGGGAAAACGACUGCGGGAAUACUUCAACCCUGAGAAGGCCGAGGGCAGGGUUAUCAUGACCAAGGUGCAGAAAAUGAACUGGAAAAACGUGUAUUAUAAAUUCCUAGACAUCACUAUUAGUGAAGCUCGCUGUUUGGAGCUGCACAUGGAAGUGGACUGGAUCCCGAUCGCACAGACGAGAGCGGCAGGGUGCAGCAACGGCUCCCAGUACCUCCUGCCAGGGGGCAUCCCAAAAACAUAUGGCCUGUAUGCAAUAGGCUAUGAGGAGACGAGCAGGUCCAAUUCUUCGUCUAGCACAGAUAACAAGUCCUCCCCCUCACAGGAAGAGGAGGAGACGGACCAUUGCGAGAGCGUGGAGAAGGACAAGAGGACAUCAUCCAAAGUCACUUACUGUUACCUCGGCAUUGCAGAGGAAAGGACGCUACAGCAGUGUCUGUUCCAGCACUUUCAGACUUCAGGCAAACACUACAGCCGAGAGGAGCCUUCGGCCGUAACCAGGUUCCUGCAGGACAACUGCACCGGCCAGGCCAAGGAGGGCGUCCUCUCUGGAUUACACAUCUACAUUAAGUUUAUCGAGGUGGAGCUGGACUUUCUCUCCGCCGGAUCUUUAGUGGAAUGUUUAGAGACUGCGAUUGGUUAUUCGUUAAAGUUCAACAAGAAGGAUGCACUGUAGCGGUUACAUUUGCCAAUGAUGCUCUUUAAAGCCAGGAUUUUGAAAUAUAGACUUGAACUCAAAGUAUUUAUGUGGUAUGUCAGGCACAGUCUGUUCCAAAAGGGGCCAAAUAAUCUCCUUUGCAGUAAUUGUCUUUAUCAGGGAGCGUAAACGGGAGCAAACUGCCUUUAUUUAAAUCUCCCGAGAUCCAAAUGCAGGAACUGUCAGAAAAAAAGAAUCCUUAAUGAGAACUCUUAAAUAAUCUAAGUAUAAAGUCUAUCUAUAUAGAAGUAUGUGUAAAUAUAUAU